AAGUCCGCUUUGGAGAUUGGAUCCAAGUCUUCUUCUUCGUACAUAUCUGCGAACCGUCCACUACUAGAGCAAGAAGUAGAAACUGCUAUUUUGGUCUGUGUUGUCGAAUUAAUCAUCGGAAAAUGGCUAGGAAAUUCUUCGUCGGCGGAAAUUGGAAAUGCAAUGGGACAACGGACGAGGUGAAAAAGAUUGUCACCUUUUUAAAUAAGGCUGAAGUUCCAUCGGAAGAUAUUGUGGAGGUUGUUGUAAGCCCUCCAUUUGUGUUUCUUCCUGUGGUGAAGAGUUUGUUGCGGUCGGAUUUCCAUGUUGCUGCUCAGAACUGUUGGGUUCGUAAGGGUGGUGCUUUUACCGGGGAGAUUAGUGCUGAGAUGCUUGUCAAUUUGAGCAUUCCUUGGGUCAUUCUUGGUCAUUCUGAAAGAAGGCUUAUUUUAAAUGAGUCAAAUGAGUUUGUUUCGGAUAAAGUUGCAUAUGCACUUUCUCAAGGCAUAAAAGUUAUUGCUUGUGUUGGGGAGACCCUGGAGCAGCGGGAAUCUGGAUCUACUCUGGCUGUUGUUGCUGCACAAACAAAAGCAAUUGCUGAGAAGGUAUCGAAUUGGGCUAAUAUUGUUUUAGCCUAUGAGCCAGUUUGGGCCAUUGGAACUGGGAAGGUUGCAACCCCUGCUCAGGCUCAGGAAGUCCAUGCUGAAUUGAGGAAAUGGCUUCAUGACAAUGCUGGUGCUGAAGUUGCUGCAUCAACCAGAAUCAUCUACGGAGGUUCUGUGAAUGGAGCAAACUGCAAAGAAUUGGCGGCUCAGCCAGAUGUUGAUGGAUUUUUGGUCGGUGGAGCUUCUCUAAAGCCGGAGUUCGUCGACAUUAUAAAGUCUGCCACGGUGAAGAAGAAUAACUGAAGAUCAGUUUUAGUUAUCGGUAUAGGUGCAUGUCUAGCAUCGUCGUUGAGCGCUUUAUAAGAAGCAUAGAGUUUAAUUUUGUUGUUCUGGUUUGUCCUUUAGAACAAAAAUGUUGAUAUGCACGUGUAAGGUUUUACAUGCAAUAAGUCAGAUGAUUUCCAUAUUUUUCUUUGUUUUUGUUAGUUGAUAACACUUGAAAGUGAAUUAAGGAUUUUUAACUACCCAGUUGUGUGAGCUUGAACCUGAUUGACUCUUUCCACGGGUUGAUUGCAACAAAGUGAAAGGUUACUUGAUGCCA